AUGGAAGCGGUCAACGAGCGGCUGGCGCGCCUCGUUGGCGCGCUGCGCCACGAAGAGGAGGCGCUACAGGCGGUGCUGGAUGAGGUACGCAGCACGCAGGCCUCGAUCAACCAGCAGCGGACGGACACACUGAAUGUAAUGGCAGAGAUGGAGAAGACCGUGCCGGAGAACAAGGGCAUGCUGAAGGGUGUGCAGAAGGCGAUCGACCAAAAGAUCGAUCCCUUGAAUGCACUCGCAAAGGAGAUUGUUAGUUGCACCAACAAAGCCGCGGGCCUCCAGAAGGAGACUGAAAAAAUGGGCUUCGAGCGCCUCACUCUGGAGGCGGGGACAGUGCUCCUUGAACAGAAAACGAGGCAGCUGGAGCGCACAAUCAACUACCUCCAGCAUGAGUCCUCACAGCUAGAGGCAGCAACAAAUAAAAAAACAACAACAACUGAGCUUGUAGAAACCAAGAAGAAUACGUCAGCAGUUCUACUUGAUCUCCAACUCCAAGUGAUUAGGGCGGAAGAGGAAAUGACACAGAUGCACAAUACUGGGGAAAAAGAAAAGAGUCUAACUGGGCGACAUAAUCUGUGGCAGGCAAGUGAGUUUCAUGCAGAAACGGAGGUUCUUCUUAGCGCCCACCAGGAAAUGGCUCGAGAACAGGUCUAA